AUGGGUGAUUAAUUUUAUCAAUUAUGUUCAAAAUGGACAGUGUCAGAGAAAUAUAAUGCUAGUUUGAAUGUUGAUUAUAAGAAGACAAUAGUAGAUGUUUGUUCAUUCAAUACAAUAGAAGAAUUUGCUUAUUUAAUGAAAAAGACUAUCUAUUCAAAAUUAUCAGAUGUCUUAAGUGAGCCAUAAAAAUGCAAAAUCUUUAAAUAAUUUAAUGAUGAGGUUACAGAUGUUUAAAUUGAAGCGAUAUAAUUUUUCAAGAAUGAUAUAAAACCUUGGUGGGAAGAUGAAAGUAAUAAAAAUGGUGGUGAGAUCUAAUUUGAUAUACCAACAUAAUUUUAUAAUAUAUAUGAUAAUUUAUACUAAGAUAUUUUAUACGAGGUGAUAGGGUAAUCAAAUGAGGAUUUAAGACAUAUAAAUGGUUUAAGAGUUGUCGAUAAAAUAAAUGCUAAACAAGGAAAUAGAAUAAGAAUUGAAUUAUGGUUAGAUAUUGAUCCCAAAGAUAAGCAUGACUCUAUUUUAAAAUUAGAUGAAUGGCUCGUAUCCUUGAUUCAAAAAUAUCAUAUUGAGUAAACUCAACUCACUUAAGUGUCACAUAAAAAAUGAACCUUGUUGAUUGAAUAGCAUUAUCAUAUAAAAAUUAUUAAAUGGGUUUAUUGUUC